CUUUCCAUAGUUUCUACCAAACUCCCAUCUCUGUUUUUGUAUCCUUCUGAAACAGAAUAAUACACAAAUUCUUGAAUGAUGCAGACAGAGCCAACGUCUUCUCCAAGUUUCAGUGCUCACUCUUCCGAUUCUUUCUUUCACAUCGCUACUAGAGUUGUCCGCGAACACCGCAGCGACACCCGCGACACUCUUUGCCAACAAAACGACGACGCUGACCCGGUCGAUGACUUCGAGUUCUCUUUCGUUUUCGGUCACACGGACGCCUCUCCUGCCUCCGCCGACGACAUUUUCUGCAACGGCCAAAUCAGACCUUUCUACCCUCCCUUCCACCAUGACCCUCCGCCGCCUCACUCUUCCGUUACGUCUCUUCCCCUUGAAACCACACGUCGUCCGCGUCUGCCUUUGAAGACACUGAUGUUGGAGGAGCGAGAGAUGGUGAACGGCAGCAACGAUCUCGAAGGCGUGGCUGAAGGAACGUACUGUGUGUGGACCCCGCCCUGCAAGAAGACAACCGCAUCGCCCAAGCGGUGGAGGUUUCGGGACCUUGUGCCUCGGAGUCACAAUUGUGGUCAGAAGGACUCGCUUCUUUUUGUCGGUCCCUCUAAGAGGACCAGCAAGGUGGUGCCUAAGCAUGCCUCCGCCCAAAACAGUGGUGGCGCCGCCGCAAAGCUGGUCGGAUUUUUCACAAACAAUGGACUUGGUCGGAAUAAUUUUCAACCCUCAAGCUAGUACAGAUUGAAGUGGUUUGGUAACUUUGUACUUAAUCUGAUCAAUAAUUAACCUAGUUUUUUAUUACAGAAAAAAAGAGAGGUAAGGAUGGCUUAACAUUUCAUAGAGAUAAAAAUGAUCUUAUAAUAAUAACUUAAUGUCUAUAAUUGGGGAAAUGAUUACCUCAUUUCAUAGAUUUUAUAGUAUGCAUAUUGUAAAAGGGAGAGUGAGAUUUAGCUUUUUGUAGCGUAGAUAUGGCGGAGGUGGAGAAGUUGGCAGUGAGAGAGUGUGUGGGUCUCACGCGGCAUAGAGUUGGAGUAGGAAAAAGUUUGGAAGUGUUUAUGGAGUGAGAUUUAAUUUGACAUUUAGCGAACAUGUCAUUAUCAUUUGCUUUUUUAACACAUUGGAGGGAUGAAGGCUAAAUAGAAGGAGAAAAAGUAUCUCUUUUUUUCUUCUCCAUUUCCACCUCUACUUGACGCUCCAAUCUCUCCAACACUUCAUUCCUUUCGCAUACCCCAUUAUACGUACCAAAAUUCU